AUCAACCCUAUUAAACUAAAUAAAACGUGCAACACGCGAUAUUGAAUCAUGACUGGAAGAGGCAAGGACGGAAAGGGAAAAGGUGAUAAUGUCUAGGAUGAUCGCGACGAUUUUCUCGUUUAUGCUGCUGAGAAAAUCAUACAGAAACGCGUUAGAAAGGGCACCGUGGAGUAUCGCGUAAAGUGGAAGGGCUGGAACCAGCGCUACAAUACCUGGGAACCCGAGGUAAACAUUCUGGAUCGUCGUCUAAUCGAUAUCUACGAGCAGAGCAACAAAUCCUACGGCACACCCUCAAAGCGUGGUCUCAAAAAGAAGGAGAAGGAUCCAGAACCUGAUUCAAAACCGGAGUCAGAGGAAGAUGAGUACACCUUCCCCGGCGACGAUGAAACUCAUACAGAACAAACGACAACCAGAUCGAAUGCCGGCGCUCAGGACACGCCCGAAACCAAAAAGGAGAAGAAACACCACCACCAUCAUCAUCACCACCACGAGUCCAAGCGCCAGCGUAUGGACCACAGCUCCUCCUCCAAUAGCAGCUCCACCCACAACUCCUUUGUUCCCGAGGCGGACACAAAUUCAUCUAGCUCGGAGGAUCAGCCCUUGAUCGGUACCAAGCGCAAGGCAGAGGUCUUAAAGGAAUCUGGAAAAAUCGGAGUGACGAUCAAGCCACAACCCCAAAUGCAGCAACAUCCAGAUCAACAGGCAUCCAAGUCACAGGAUCCACGGCAGUCGGAAAAGAGUGGUGGCGAGCCAGGAGCGCCGCAGAAGGCAGAUAUACAAAAUAAUGCAUUGGCCAACGAAGCCACGUCUACGCCCGCAGAAUCGGGAACUGAAGAGGAGGAGGUGCCCAGCGAGGAGAGUGUGAAGCAGCAGCCACAGCAACCAACAUAG